CCUUCUUUGGGCGGUGUAGUGAUAGGCGACAGCCAGGUUAAAUUCAUGUGCAGGAAUUGCCUUCACUUGAAAACAUCCGUCGAGACCUGCACAUUUAGUUUUGGUGGUUUUGACGCUGUGCGAAUGGCUGAGGCCGUCUCUGCGAUGCACUUUCAGCGCGUAGACUGUCGUUUUGUACGUUGGUGGUAACGACGUUUGCAGUGCCAACGCGGACCCUCAAGAUAUAUGCGACAAUAUAGGGAAGUUAGUUCUGCAACUGCAGCACGAUGUGGCCCCCGUGGUGUAUACGUCUUCAAAGUGCUGCCACGUUGCUCCAGCUCUGAAGACGCCGAUGCAGAGCGCCAGAUCAAGAAAACGCGCUUGCUGAACCGCAAGCUGACGGCUACGCUGAAACGCCUGCCGUGUGUUCGAAUCUUGAACGCCGAGCAUCGGUUUCUCAAUUCCUCGAAAGAGCCACGACGUGCGUUCUUAGCAAUUGAUGGGUACCAUGUGCACAGAGGCCAAGGGAUCGAUCAGCUGGCCAAAAUCAUCGUCAGUUCUCUUGCCCGUGACUUCGGACCUGGAGUGAAGUCACAUGCACACAGCGAGCUGGGUAUCUGCUACAGGCUGCUGAAGUGCAGCCACUGCAACACAAAAGGCCACGAAGUCCUGCGAGUGCAGCAAAUUCCUUCGCCUACCUUCCCAACAUAAACCAAGACUGCUUUAGA